UAUUGCCGCUGGGCAACCAACCAACAUCGGCACAACCCAAAACCGACUUCGCUUGUCCUCCUCUCCCCCACCAUCACACAACCAUCAACCACCCCUCGAUACCGAUAUUACCACCGAACGCACGCACGCACACAGCAAUGACAAAACCCACCACUACCCCCGCUGCCCCCGCCGCCCCCGCCACGGGCAAACCGACCGAUGAAACGCUCCUCGAGCACAUCGCGGACGGAACCGCCCCCGACAGCACCGAAUCCGACGUUCGGUACGCAGCGUACGCGAACCGCGUGCGGACGAUCCUGCGGUCGGCGCACCGCUACGUCGCCUACACGUCGGACAUCGGGGAGUCCUUCCGGCCGGUGGCACACCCAUGGCUGAUCCGUGGCGCGUACGGCGUGUCGUGGCUAUACCUCACCGGCGACGUGGCGAACGAGGGGUACAAGGCGUACACGCGGCAGUAUCCCAGCUCGCCGUCGACGGGUUUGACGAACAAUGCCGUCGCGUUGAUGCCGACUCCGCCGCUGGAGGAUUAUAGAACUGUCAUGGUCCAGCGCGCGAUCUUUCAGUCCCUGGCGUCGAUGGGAUUGCCCGCUUUUACCAUUCAUUCCGUCGUCAAGUACUCCGGGAAGGCGCUUAAGGACGUGAAGAAUGUCAGGGUGCGCACGUGGGCGCCCAUCGGCCUCGGCUUGGCCAUCGUGCCGUUUCUGCCGUAUAUCUUCGAUGAGCCGGUGGAGCAUGCGGUGGAUUACACGUUCAAGCGUGGGUUCGAGGCGAUGGGGUGGACGGCGCCGAAGGGAGUGACUGAGAUGGUGAAGGAUAAGAUUAAGGAGAAGGAGUUGUAGAGGGAGAGAGAGACCGGUGGCUUUUUGCUUUUUUUUGGGCGACGGACGGAUGGAUACCUUUCUCGACUCUGAUAGAUGAUCUUGGACCUUGGACUGUUUGCGUUGUAGCUGCUGCUUUACGAUGUGGCCAUAUGCUGGAGCGGGCGAGUUUGCGGAUGUGUGGGAGUAAAGGGGCAAAACUUGUAUGUAUGGUGAUUGAUUGAUUGUGUCGUCUUCAUGAGAAAAAAACAACAUACAAAGCACGUGAGUGGG